AUGAGUGCAAAAAAAAUCUGUCGUUAUGAGGAACAACAAUCAUCUGAUAAUGCUGCAGCAAAAAUAAAUCCCAUCGAUAUCCUGGAUUAUGAUGCAUUAUCAAACAUAUUCAUGCAGUUGCCAAUAUCUGACAGAAUGGUCAUGGAAAAAGUUUGUCUUAAAUGGAAAGAGGCCUGUGAACUAGCUUGGUAUGACAUUAAAAAAUUCAAAUGUACCAAUAGAAUUGUUCAUUUUAAUGAAAAACGUUGGUUAACACAAUCAUUUGUCAAAAAAGUAUUAAAAAAGUGUGGUACUUAUUUAAAUGAAUUAUCUCUAUCACUAGUUUGCAAUUCAAAUAUCAUGCCAUGUGUUGUUAACAAUUGUAAAAAUUUAACAAGUCUUGAAUUUGUAAUUACUGAGACACCAAGAUAUAAUGACAAUGACUAUCUUGCCUUCAAAGAACUGGAUAAAUUAAAAUUUAUUAAAAUACAUGUAAAUAAUGAUGGAUAUUACAAGAACGAAGAAAGUAUAAAUUUUCGAUCUGAAGCAAUCAAUGAUCUUCCCGCGAAAGUUAGUGAAAUUCUUUUAAUUUAUAGUGAAAGUAUACAUCUCAGACCAGUUUUUUUUAAUUUAAAAAAGUUCACAAAUCUUCACAGUUUGACUUUGAGGAAUUGCAGACUGGAUGACAUUAUUGAAGAUAUAUCUGAAACAAUAACUCUUGUUAAACUUGAUCUCCAAGAUUCUCUGAUUAUAGAAAAAAACAAUAUGCUAUUUGAUAAACUUGUAAAUUUGGAACAUGUCAGUAUUAGGAGAAGUUUAGUUUUGCUUGACUAUCAUCAAAAUUUACUUGAUAGUAUUUCAAAUACAUGCAAAAAAUUGAGACAUUUGGAGAUAAAUGUCAAUAAAAGUUUAGCUGAAAGUACAUUGCAAACAUUGACAGAAAUAAAAAAUCUUGAAUAUUUAAUAUUACCUAGUGGACUUAAACUCAGUGGUGAAACAAUAAUGAUAAUUUCAAAUAAUUGUAAAAAACUUAAACAUUUAGAAAUGACUAAUUGUACGAUAAAUCCUGUAUCGGCUCUCGAUGAAUUAUCAAAGUUGCAACAUCUUGAAUAUUUGAAUUUAUCUGAUGCUAAAGACAUUUUAAAUAGCAGUAUUAUGGCUAUUGCUUAUAAAUGUAAAAAUCUCAAAUAUUUAAAUAUAAAUAAUUGCAAUCUCAUUACUGAAAGAGCACUCUUUACUUUAACGACUUUAGAAAAAUUAAAAAAAUUAAAUGUUGGUGAUAUUGAUGGUGUAACAGAUGAAUUCAUUGUCAGAUUAAAACGAUUUAAAUCUUUGGACUUUCAUCGUUGCAAAAAUAUCACUGGUAAUGGUAUUGUUCAACUCAUAAAAAAUUGUCCAGAUCUUGAAGAUCUUAAUCUACGAUUGACUGUAUUUAUUGUUAGAAAGACAACAUAA